AUGGCAGUCGACGCCAGCAGUCCGCUGCUGCAGUACGCUCCGUACAUUGUAGCUGCGCUUGCCGUCUUCAUUGGCGCCGGCGUCUACCUGGUUCUUAACCCAGAGCCAGCGGCAGCGAAAUACAAGAAAGUCCUCGAUCCCAACAACUUCCAAGAAUUUCCCAUCACCGAAAAGACCCAGAUCUCGCACAACACUGCCAUCUACAGAUUUAAGCUGCCUACCGAAGACAGCAUCCUUGGACUUCCCAUCGGUCAGCACAUCUCACUCGCCGCGACUCUUGAUGUCACCGACCCAAAGACCGGCAAUGUCGAGCGCAAAGAGGUGGUCAGAUCAUACACGCCAAUCUCUGGUGAUCAUCAGCCGGGCUACUUCGACCUCCUCAUCAAAAGCUAUCCCCAGGGCAAUAUCUCGAGACAUAUGGCUACCUUGACUGUUGGCGACAAGAUGAAGGUCAAGGGUCCAAAGGGAGCUAUGGUGUACGAGCCAAACAUGGCAAGCCGCAUCGGCAUGAUUGCUGGUGGCAGUGGUCUCACUCCUAUGCUUCAAGUCGCCGAUGCUAUCAAGAGAGGCCGAGCACAUGGUGACAAGACCCAAGUCAACUUGAUCUUCGCCAAUGUCAACGAGGAGGAUAUCUUCUUGAGGAAAGAGCUCGAUAGAUUAGCCGAGGACCCUGGCAUCGAUGUUUACUACGUCUUGAACAACCCACCGGACAAGUGGACUGGCGGUGUGGGCUUCGUCACUGCAGAGAUGAUUAAGGAACGUCUUCCACCCCCAGCUCCGAACCACAAGAUCUUGAUCUGCGGUCCCCCUCCCAUGGUUUCUGCUCUGAAGAAGGCGACCGAGUCGAUGGGCUACGACAAAGCUCGACCAGUCAGCAAGCGUGAUGAUCAAGUCUUCUGCUUCUAGAGAUCCACGCUGCUAGCUGGAGGCCUCCAUCCGAACAAGUCCGGCGUUGAUGCGUUUCCUCCCGAAUCCGAGCCUGCAGAUGUUAUGACCUCGUCCGUCGCGUUCGAGCGUUUGGUUUUUAGAUACGAAAGAGCUGGCACAAGCAUGGCGUUCGAAGCAGAUAUCAAUGUAGAGCUGUGUACAGCCAACCAGGGCGAAAUGUGCAGCCGCGGAAAUAGCAUUUCCUUCGCCC